UUCGAUUAUUUUGCUUACAGUGUGAUACAAAUUUUGAUUUCUUAGACUCUUAAAUUCAUUUUUUUAAUUAGAUGUUGUCAUUCCACGAUUCUGAUUCUUGUUACAUUUGGAUUUAUUAUUCUAACACAGUUACACAGCUUAUGAAAACCCUUAUUUUUUAUUUGUCCCGGAUUUUAAAUCGUCUUUGGAUGGUUCUGCAUAAACGGUGAAACAAAGCGAUGAAAUAAGGAUCAAAACUUCAAGGAAACGUCUCUUGGAGUGAGUAGACUGCAGGGACGCGUUUUAUAUGGUAUAUAAAGUGAGCUUAAGCAAUUCCAUAACAAGAAUUUGAAGAAAAAAUGGAUUACAAGCGACGUGAAUUUGCUGCGGCUCUUAACCUAGUUGGUAAUUUCGGUACGGAGCACGUUAUGGCAGACGUCGAGGUGGCUUCAUUUCUUGGUGAUAUUUUGCCUAUUUCUCGUGCUGCUAAUGAAGUGGAACAGAGUAGCCCAAGGGUUGCCUAUCUUUGUCGAUUGCAUGCCCUUGAGAAAGUUGGCAAACUAGAUCCAAGAUCAAGUGAUCGUGGCGUUCAUCAAUUCAAGAUUGACUUAAUUCAUCAGCUAAACGAGCAAUUCUUAGCAACAUUAGGAGUACAACGAAACAGUGAUGCUCAGGAAAUGCAUGCCUUUUAUCGGCAUUAUUGUGGAAACUACAUUCAAGGAUUGCAAAAUACUGAUGAAGUUGACAGUAUCCAUCUUGAAAAAGCAUAUAAAACUGCUGCUGUUCUGUUUGAGGUUUUGAAGGCUGUCAGUUGGCAAGAAUCCGUUGCGGUGAUGAAUGAGAUAUUUAAAAUACACGAAGAAAUGAGUACUCGUAAGAUAUUGCAACUUCAACCUAAAUAUUCAGAUCAAGCGCUACCAAGACAUCCAGAGAUUGAAGAGGAGGCAGAAAUGUAUACUGAUGAUAUAUUUUCAUUUCACACUGAAAGUUCAGUUCAACCUUCAGUUAGACAUUCAGAGAUACUGAAAGCACACACAGAGGUUGCUGAGAAGGCAGAAAUGUAUACUCAUAAUAAUAUACUUCCAAUCGAACCUGAAAAUGAAGAUCAAGCAAUACUAAGACAUCCAGAGAUGAAACAGCAAAACCACCUCAGAAUCCCUCUCCAGGUCAUAAAAAGUUGUACCCAAGACUUCAAUGAAAGAAAUUCUAUCGGGAGGGGUGGAUAUGGAAAGGUCUACAUGGGAAUCCUCACCUGGGGGGAUCAUGUAAACCAGCUAGUUGCUGUAAAACGGCAAAAUAUCAAAGGAGGUCAAGGUAAGAAGGAGUUCCACACCGAGGUUACAAUGCUUUCUGCAUAUCAACACAAGAACAUUAUAACCCUUAUAGGGUUUUGUGAUGAGGACGAGGAGAUGAUCCUUGUCUAUGAAUACGCUAGCCAUGGUAGCCUUGACACAUAUAUACAUAAAAGUGCUGUGCAGGGUGGACUGCCAUUGCCACAACUCCUCAAAACAUGCAUUGGAGUUGCUUCUGCAUUGAACUAUCUUCAUAAUCAUGUGGCAGAAAAACACAGAAUAAUUCAUCGUGAUAUAAAAUGCGCGAAUAUUUUGUUGGAUGAGAAUUGGAAUGCAAAACUUGCGGAUUUUGGGUUGGCUAGGAUAGGACUAGCAAAUCAAGAGAACACAUUUGUGAUAACUAAUCUUGCCGGCACACAUGGUUAUUGUGAUCCAGAAUACGAAAAAACAGGGUUCUUAACAAAAGAAUCCGAUGUGUAUUCAUUUGGUGUGGUUUUGUUUGAAGUUUUAUGUGGAAGGUUGGCAUGUGCUUAUAAUUACCAUGAUGAGCGGCGAUUCCUCCAUCAUUUGGCCCGAACCCGGUACAAAAAUGGGGAGCUAGAGAAGAUUAUCGAUCCCAACAUAAGGAAAGUUAUCAAACCAAGAACGUUGUUAAUAUUUUCAGCUAUUGCUUAUCGAUGCUUGCAAGAAACUCGGGAAGCUAGACCAACAAUUGCAGAGGUUGAAUCCCAACUUAAGGACGCCAUGAAAGCUCAAUUAGAAGAUUCGAACUCCCAAAUGAAUGGAUGAAUUUACUCUUGAGAAUAGCACCACCAUCAUUACUUCCCACCAUCCUCCAACACUAACUCCUUCAGAGCGUACGGACAAGGCAUAGCUAGAUACUCUCAACGUACUGUUUGAUGCUCACCUUCUUGAUUUUGUUAUAGGCUGUUCGAUGUUUCUCUAUGAUCCAUGGCAUAUCUCCUUGUUUUAUUUAAUCUAUAAUUAUAUAGUUUUGUUUAUUAUCUUUUUCUUAGACAAAUUAUGUAACUUUUCCCGAGUAUACAAACCUAUUUUUCCUAAAAGGAUUAUUCAUUAA